GCACACAUACAUACACACACAGAGAUGGCUUCAGGACCUCAGCACUCCCUGCCACUCCUCCUAGGACUGUUCAUGAUUUCUGCCACGGCCUCAGCAGUCAACCUCGAGGCAAAGCUUUACAAGGAGUUGAUGGAGGGCUACAACAAGAACGUCCGGCCCAUGGAGGAGAGUGGAGACAUCACCAAGGUCCUCAUCAAGAUGACGCUCACUAACCUCAUCUCACUGAAUGAAAAGGAGGAAGCCCUGACAACCAGCGUCUGGAUAGAAAUGCAAUGGUGUGACUACCGGCUCCGGUGGGACCAGCCCCCCAGAUCACAUCUGUACGGCAGCAUCACAUCUGAACUGCGUGUCCCCUCCAGAAGCAUCUGGCUGCCUGACGUCGUACUGGAGAAUAAUGUGGAUGGAAAAUUUGACGUGGCCCUUUAUUGCAAUGCUCUGGUGUCUCCUAACGGCUGUGUGUACUGGCUGCCUCCCGCCAUCUACCGCAGUGCCUGCGCCAUCACCGUCAACUACUUCCCCUUUGAUUGGCAAAACUGCACCAUGGUCUUCCGCUCCCAGACGUACAGUGCCAACGAGAUCGAGCUGGUUCUCAAGGAGGAUCAAAACAGCACACUGGAGUGGGUGGACAUCGACCCAGAAGCUUUUACAGAGAAUGGAGAAUGGAUCAUCAGGCACAGGCCAGCCAAGAAGGUGACCAACCCUCAGUACACUAGAGAUGAGCUGGAGUACCAGGAAUUAGUUUUCUUCCUCAUCAUCCAGAGAAAGCCUCUCUUCUACAUCAUCAACAUCAUCGUUCCAUGUGUGCUCUUCUCGUCCCUCGGCCUGCUGGUCUACUACUUACCUGCCAAAGCCGGCGGCCAGAAAUGCACCAUGUCUAUUGCAUCUCUUCUGGGCCAGACUGUGUUCCUCUUCCUCAUCGCUAAGAAGGUCCCCGAGACUUCAAAGGCAGUGCCUCUUAUUGGAAAGUACCUGAUGUUUGUGAUGUCAGUGACCACUAUGGUUGUGAUGAACUGUGUGAUCGUCCUCAACGUGUCCCUGAGAACCCCCAACACCCACAUAAUGACAGAUAAAGUCAGAAAGAUCCUCCUCAACACCCUGCCUCAGCUGCUGAGGAUGCGGAUGCGACCCUGGAUGCCUAACAGUGACAAAAGCCCCAAAACAGAAAAUCGUAAUAUGCUUUCGGGAGACAGAUUUUCCCGCAGACGUCAGAGCUCCAUGACUCUCAUCUCCAAGGCAGAGGAAUAUUCAAUGAAAACGGCUCGAUCUGAGUUCAUGUUUGCCCAACGCAAAGAGAGAAAUGGAUUGGUGAAAUCAGCGUUAGACGAACUACAGGACGGGCUGGUGGAAAGGUCAGCCGAGCAGCUCAGCGCCAGUCUGGCUCAGGCUUCUCCACAGCUGAAGCAGUGUGUGGCUUCCUGCAAACUCAUAGCAGAGACUGCAAGACAGCAGAGCAACUUUGAGAGAGAGAAUGAAGAAUGGUUCCUGGUUGCCCGGGUGAUCGACAGGAUCUGCUUUAUCGUCAUGGCAUUAGUGUUUUUCAUCGGCACGAUUGGCAUCUUCCUGAUGGGCCAUUUCAACCAGCCACCGUCCUUACCUUUCGACGGGGAUUCGAAAAAGUAUCUUCCCCCAUUAAAUACUAUUGGCAAGGUUCCUGGGGUGACCGGAGAGGAAACACUUUGAUUCCACCUAUUAACCAAAACUUGAGCUCUGUCAGCGUCUGUCAGGAGUUUAUUGUGUAUCUGUGAAACGUCUUUGUCUUUGUUUCUUUCUUUAAUAAACGUCACCACAGUCAAACAUGAUGUAAAUAUACCAGAUUAAAGAGAAAUUGCUGUUUUUAUAUCAGACAACAUUGUAAACAAGAAGGUGCAGAUUUGUUAUAAUUAAAAUAAAAAAGGACUGUAUUUAUAGACAUAAAAACAAACAAAAACAUAACUUUGUAAUUCAAAUAGUGCGAAAGACAAGAUGUUAUAUGACAAUUCAUGUGAUUGCAGGUUGGAUCGUUUAAGAUAAGUCUCAAAAAUGAGGCAUGUGAAAUUAAAGAAUUUAUAAAACUUAAAAUGCUAAGACUUAGAGCAAUGGUAUGAUAAUGUUCCAGUAUGUAGUUAUUUUCACUGACGUACAGCUUGUCCAAAUGGGGUGCGUCUGUUUGGCGCCUCAUUGUCCCCUCUAGUGGCGGAACCGUGAAGCCCUUUUUAAAAAAAACACACACACAAACAAAAACAGGAAUAGUUUGGAUUGAUAAAUCCUCAAAGUUCAAUGAUUUUCCAUGCUUGUGAAAUCAAUAGCUUUUAUUAAUCAAUUAGUUAAUUUUAUUAAUUCCUCGUUGGGGAUUAAUAACAUAUUUUUGAAUUUGGAUUUAUAAUGUUCUUUUAAAAAGAACGAAAUAAAAGAAAGAAAGAGUGAUGCUAAUGACUUACAUAAGUGUCUUUCAGCCUUUAAAUAGCCAAUAUCAAAUGUGGGAAUAAAUAAAUAAAUCACAGAAUGCAAAUACAUCUCAGUGGCACUGAGUGUAAAAAAUAAAUAAAUAAUGCCUUAUUUCUUUGAAAAUGUUUUCUGCUCAUUACGCCAGUUACAAGCUUUGCUGAGUUUUAAAUGUAUUACAUCAUCUAUCCAUUCUGCACUCAAAAUCAUUAAGAGCAGAACUGUUUGGGAGACCAGUGCAGUCAAGGGAGAAGAUUUGGUCCCAUCACCAUGAAAACAUUGUUUUCUGUUUACAUCUACUGCAUACUAUGCUUUGAUACCCUUUUUUCCUCAGGCCAAAACACUCAGCUCUCCCUUGUACCGUCGCCCAGGCAGUCUCCUCUUAAUGCCAAAUGACUCAUGUCUCAUUAGUUUUAUAACAAUGACAAAAUAGUACUUGAUGUUGAUCUUAAUCUUGAAAAGUCCACAGUGGUUAUUUAUGAAGAUAAAGUUACACCUGUAAAGCCAAAAAAAAAGAAAAUAUUAUUAGUUUGUUGUUUUGUUUGU